UAGUAAUUCAUUUUGCUAUGUCUCGACUGCGUGUGACUGUCGGCGUACUGGGCAUCUCUGGCGGUUCUCUCCUGCUUUUGGUAAAAAGAUAUGGUAGCUCCCCUGAAAAAGACUUCAUCCCCCAUACUGCACUGGGGAUUCUGCUGCUCGUCAUUGCAGUGCUUUUAGCAUAUGCAGGUAUCUGUUGCAGUAUGGCCAACGCCAAGAUGUUUUCCACUGUGUGUCUGACUGUAUCUGCCCUGUGGUGUGGUUCAGGUCUGGUGUACAUCCUGGUUGGACAGGGGGUGCUGCAGCCCACAGAGCUGAGACCCUCUCUGGUCCCGGGCCUGGCAGCAUUUACCUUAGCCCUUCUCGUUAUCGGCGGCGUAGCAGUCGUUGUAAAGGAACCAGUUCUAUGCAUUGGCUUAGCAUGUGCCCAUCAAAUUGCCGGUUUGUCAGCUGCAGGUUUUGGUCAGUCUGCCACAGCCGCCAACUACCUUCUGGUCUGUCUUGUAGGUGUUUACUUUGGUUUUGGACGUCUGCUGUCCACCCUCACUGGUGGUAAAGUGGAUCCUCCAGGAACGGCUCUGGAGAGAAAAGCUGAGAUGAAAACAGAGCAGAACCAGGGGUGUAGUGAUGCGGUGUCCGUAGGUCUAGUGAUGAACCUGCUGUCUGCCUCUGUGUUAGCCUGUCCCCUGUUAGGCGUGGUCCCCCAGCUCUUCGUCGGUCACGUGCCUUGGCUGUGGACAGCUGGAGUCUUUCAGCUUGGCAUGUGUAUCCUCUUUCCUUGCGCACAUUUUCAACAGCACCUUCCAAUCCCCCCAGAUCCCCUUAGGAAAACCUUUAGUGAAGCUGAGUGGGGUUGGGGAGGUGCAGAUGUCUGUCCGCAUGUACCAGCCCGCAAGGCCACAUCGGUCCAGGAGAUUGCAGAAAUCAUGAAAAAUGGUGGCAUAUGUGAAAUGCCUACUGACACAGUCUAUGUUCUGGUGGCAGCAUGCAACAGGCCUGAUGCAGUCAUCAAAGCUUACAAGUUGAAGAACAGAUGGAGGACCGACCCAUGUCUCUGUGGAUCUCCUCCAUCAAGCAGCUGGAGCCGGUGCGACACUUGCACCUGGAUGGACGUCUUUGGUUUAGGAGAUGCUGCCAAACACAUAGGGACACCACAAAGCAUUGCAAUCAGAAACCCAGACUGUUCUGUGGCCACACACCUCAUUAAUUUGGUGGGACCCAUCGCUGUAACCUCAGCCAACCCCACAGGCGAGGCAGACACAACUCGCCACAACCAAGUUUAUGCCAAGCUAGGCAAAAGGAAAACCAUUAGACCAGUGUGGGCUGUCAGAGGACUGCAUAAAUCUGCAUUGAAUGUCUUAAAGCGCCCGGCCCCUGAUGACACAGUCACAGCUAGCUUUGGGAAGUUCAUCAGUGAAGUAAAGCCCCAGCACCUGUCCUCUGUGGUGCUCCACCGCAGCAAAAGGAUGGUGCUGGACAGCAUUGGAGUUGGUGUGAUUGGCAGCACAACAGACGUGUUUGAGCUGGUCCUGCAGCACUGCCAGCACAUGUAUGCUCCUGAUGACAUCAGCUCUGUGUACGGACGCAGGGGCACCAGGCUCUCCCCGACACUGGCAGCUUUCGUCAAUGGAGUGGCAACUCACUCCAUGGACUUUGAUGAUACUUGGCACCCUGCCACUCAUCCCUCAGGAGCAGUCCUUCCUGCUGUGUUGGCACUUAGUGAAAUGAUGUCUGCUAACAGCAAACCCAGUGGCAUGGAUUUCCUGCUGGCAUUUAACAUCGGCAUUGAGAUCCAGGGCAGAUUGAUGAGGUUCUCUAAUGAGGCGCACAACAUCCCCAAGAGGUUUCACCCUCCUAGGACCCCCAAGUCAGCAAGCGCCCAGAGCAUUGGCCAGGAGAAGAAGAAAAACACAAAAUAUGCAGAGCCCAUGGCCUUGGGUUUCUUCUGUGACACUGUUGCCUCCUUCAUCUUUGCUUUCUACUGCUUUGGGUACAUGAAGUCCUUUUACUUAGGAGCUGCAUGGGUCUCAAUCGUUACAGUUGCCCAGCUGUUCUCCAGCUACUAUGCCCUUCUGCGCCAAGACUGUUACCACACCACUAAGUUUGGUCUUCAUGCCACAUAUUGGCUGAUCAAAGCUUGGGAUGAAUUUGUGGUAUCUUCUCUGGUUGUGGAGGACAUUAAUGUGGCCUCAGGUAGGGUAAUAAUGGUGGGAAAUUGGUUCCUUGUGGUGGCAAGCGUGGUGCUCUGUGUGGGAAGCCUGAACACGGAUGUCCUAGAGCUGAUCCACAACAUGUUGUUUCUCCUGCUUACGCUCUCAACAAUCCCCCAGAUUCCUAUCCAGGGAUACUACAUCUUCUUUGGUACAGCAUGCUCCCUGUUCACCACAGCCUCCCUUUAUGGCACUUUCUCGCGUCUCAUCAACACCAUAGCAGAGAAGUCUCUAAUCCCUGUAGGCCCACAGAUCAUCUCCUCUGACCAGUUGAUGAAGGCUUUGAAGUGUUGCAGGGCCGAGCAAGGGGACCAAGAACCACUACCUCAAACUGACCAGGGUUCAGACGCCCUGUUCUACCUUUCAAAUGGGGUUGCAGCUCUCUCAGCUCUUCAUGCAAGUUCAUCUAGGACAAACUCCACCCUUCUUCAUCUGACUAUCCCUUGGGUCCUCAUCCCUGGAGCCAUCAUCCAGGUGUAUGUCUGCCGACUGCAGGUCACAGGAGGUGGCCGUUUUGGUUCCGUCAUCUCAUCCAUCUAUGUAGCAGUAUGGGCAACCUGGACCUGGUUUAGAUUUGCAGGUGACAUGCUCCAGCUUUCGAAAGAGGAAGCUUACGGUUUUACAGCCGGAGCUAUUGCUCUCUUGGUCAUUAAUGCUUUCCUUAUGCUGAUUGCUGCCAACAGGAACCUGGUUUUGCUGUUUCUAACAGCAGUCAUGGAGGUUGUUCUGGUCUGUUUCCUGCUUUCCACUCUGCAGCGACUGCCUUAUCAGCUAGAAAUUGCCAUGCUUGCACUACUUUCAAUAAUUUGUAUAUAUGGGGUUCUGGCGUCACUGUUGAACUGCAUUUUCUCACAAAGACUGCUACCUAUGGGCCCUCCCUUAAUAAAGGAGAAAGUGAAGCAGGAAUCUGCUCCGGAUAGUACAUGUCCUUUGGCUAAUUCCCGACUCACCAGUGGUCUCCUGAAGAUCGCUGGCCUCCUGAAAGAAGGAGGAGUGUGUGGUAUUCCCACAGACACUGUGUAUGCCCUGGCUGCCUCCUGCAAGAAUCCUCAAGCUAUAGAGAAAAUCUACAAUAUUAAAGACAGACCAGCAGAGAAGCCCAUCUGCAUUUGCAUCUCUAACGUGGAGCAGCUGGUGGCCGCCAAGCCUCCCUUCAGCCCUCUGCUCUGGGAGUUCAUGAGGAAUGUUUAUCCAGGCGGCAUCAGCUGCAUCGUCAGUAAAGGAGACUGGCUGUUCAAACUAGGAGUGGGACCAGCAUAUGACCGUGUUGGCACCAGGGAUAGCAUCAUGAUCCGCGUUCCUAACCACACAGUGACGGGCCACCUAUGUGACAUCACCGGACCCCUUGCUAUUACGUCAGCCAAUCCCAGUGGAGAACCAGACAGCACCCACCACACCAUGGUCAUCAAUCGACUGGGUCACAAAAUCCAAGGGGUUCUUUGUGACGGAGACUCAAAUGAAGUUGUUGCUUCCACUGUGGUAAACUGCUUGAAGAUUGAUGAAGGAACUAUUACCAUUGUAAGGGAAGGAUGUGUCCCUGCAGUACAAGUCCGACAGAUCUUCGACAGAGUGAAAAGCACCAUGGUUGAUGGAGUGUUAUGUGACGGACCCUCCCCAGAGAACAUUGCAUCAACUGUGGUUGACUGUACUAAGAUUGAAACAGGCCACAUUGGUUUCUUCAGAGUGGGUCUCAUUCCUAAAUCAAAGGUUCUUCAAAUUUUCGAGGAGGUUCAGAAGCGACGCAUACAUGGGCAGAUGAAUCCUGCUUUUGAAAAUGAACCGCAACUGUCCGAUACACAAAGAGACAACAGUUGAGGAGAGGACAACGCAGUAUUAGUAGUGUCGGGAGGAGGAAGUGAAAACUCAAAAACCAUUAACAGUUUCACCUGAACAGAGUUGGGUCACAGUAUCCAUGCGCUGCUUAAAACUGCUGAAAAAUGUAAUGUAAAUUCAGAUAUGCACACAUAACAAUUGUUGUAUGCAUUGCUGUUUGAGGGAGCUUCAUGUUGUACCAAGUACAAGGAAAACGCUACAGGCUUGUCAGGUCAGUGUUUUAUGGGGGUAAAACUGAUGUUUUUAUUAUGUUUAUCCGAAAUUUUUUAUAAUGCAUACAUCUAAUGGACGUAACAUGACUAGCAGGAUAACUUUACUGAUUUGUGUUUUGUACAGCAUGUAAUAUACACAUUUUUUUAAUUGUCUUUCUGAAAAUUCUAUUUUAAAUGCAUGAAUGUACUGUAUAGAUCUUUAUAUUAUAAAAUGUACAUGAAAUGAUUUCUAAAAGCAGAUGCAAUUAUUUAUACACUACUCUUAGAUUAUUGACUGUGUUUUUUACUCUCUUUUAUGAAACAUACUAAUUUACAGAUCACUGUAUGUUUAAGUAAACAAAACCAUAAAAUAAUGACCUCAUUAAACUUUCAAUUAAAAUG